AUGGCGAAAUCAACCUGGUUUAGAGGUCCACCAUGCGGCACCUCCAACUGUCGAUCACGUCUCUAUCGUACCACCGAUGGGCUCACGAUCUGUCAAUUCGGACACGUCCUAGAAGGUGCCAUCGAAAUCAAUGAUGAUCAAGAUCAGGCAAUCGUGACUACCAAAAGAUUAAAACAUGUUCAAAUGGAUGAUAGGGGGAGCUAUUCGGCCACACCACAAGUCGGUGGGAGUCAGAUGAAGAGGGAUGAGGGAAGGGUGUUUGGAAGAGAGGCGAAGGAGGUAUAUUUAAGGACGAUACUGAAGUUGUUGAAAUUGGAGUUGGAUAAAAUUGUGGAAGUGUUUGGAUUUAGUGAAAAUGUGGCGAAUGAUUUGGAAAAUAUUGUAAAGCGGAAUUGGGUGAAUGUGUUAGGGAGUGUACAUAGAGGAGAUGACCACGAUGAUGAGAUAGAGCAGGAAGAAGAGGAAACAGAACCAAAUGAGGAAAAGCAUGAAGGUGUUGAAAUGAGUGACAACAAAUACAAAGAUAAACAAAUAGAUGCACUUGAUGUUAUUGCGAUUAUAUAUUUAUCUUUACUUGAAAUACGAGCUUAUCCGAUAUAUGUUUCUGAUAUACUUGAAAAGAUUAAAAGUAAUGAGAUUCCAUAUAUACGAACAUUACAUUUGAUCCCCAAGAAAAUGUUGGAUAAAUUACCAAUAGUAUAUCACAAUAGAUUACAGAUGUUUCUGUUACCUACCAAUACUCAAAUAUAUCGUAAGAUUCAGGUGAACUUGACUAGAUUGAAUAAAUCAAUGACAAUUCCAAUAGAUUUUUAUUUUCCUUAUAUUUUUCGAAUAUUAAGUGAAGUAUUAAUCCUACCGAAUACUCCAGAUUUAUUCAUGACGAGUUAUGAAUUACUAAAACUACUAAAUAUCAACGAAUUUAUAAUCAAUCCCUCGAAAUCAACACAAUUCUUAUACAAUUAUCCUGAAAUCUAUCUUGCAUGUAUCAUAAUAUUUAUUGGUCAAUUAUCUUUCAAGACAAAUCUUGCAAAAUUUCUGAGUUUUCACUGGUUGAAAACGCUUGAAGAAUAUGAACUCCAAUCAUCAUAUGAUACCAAUGUUUUAAAUUGGUCAGAUGGGAAGAUUAAUAAUUAUUGUGAUUGGUUAUAUGAUAAUGUUAUUUACAAAAAACUGAAUGAAGAUUUGACCACUACUGAAAAGAGACUCUAUCAAAUAUUUAAUUAUGAGAAGGAGGACACUAGUCAUGAAAACAGAGUAGUUGAGAAUAAAGAUGAUAAUAUAUCCCUUGUCUAUAAAACAUUGAUGAAAAUGGAUUGUCAAUUGGUAGCAACAACAACAGCAACUGAAGAAGAAAUUAAUAAUAAACUAUUUAUGACAUUAUCAACCAUACUUGGUAUCACUAGUAAUGAUUUAAUUAAAUGUUAUGAUUAUGUAAUUAAACAGAUUAAAAAGAUCAAAUAA